GAGAGAGAUGGAGAGAGAGUCAGAUUAGUGAAGCCGAGCUGAAAGAGAAGCUGAACUCGCCUCUCUGGAUUAUUUCAUGUACUCCGACCUUUUCUCACGUGUUGGAUGAAAGCAAUAAAUCGUUGAGUCGAUGAACUGAUCGGCAGAUGCACAUUGAAUCGGUGUCUGAUUGUCUGAUGACAAGUUUUCUGUGAAGCCACAGAAGAAAGUGCAGGAUUAAAGAUGGUUCAGUUUGCUCAGAGCUGAGACGGAACCAGUGGACAUGUAUGAGGAGAACCGAACAAGUGCUGGUUGUAACAGUUACACCAACACUGUGGACAGAGAGAAUGGAGGAGGUGAUGGAGCAGAAGAGGGAGAGGGGGAUGGAGGAGGUGGAGCAGGAGGUCAACAAAGGGAUGCAGAGUGGGAUGAAGAACUGGAUGGAGAAAACGAGGAAGGUGUGAGGAUGAAGAGGACUGACACACUUCACUCAACCACAAGUUCAACUGGAACACAGAGAAAAAGAGGACAACACAAUAAGAAACAGGUGCAGGGCACUAACCAGGUCCAACGAGCGCCUCGAGCCUUGUUCUGUCUGAAACUCAACAACCCAAUCAGACGAGCUGCUCUGCACAUCGUGGAGUGGAAACCGUUUGACAUCUUCAUCCUGUUAGCCAUCUUUGCUAAUUGUGUUGCUCUGGGAGUUUCCAAACCAUUUCCUGAGGAUGACUCCAACUCCACCAACCACGACCUAGAACAAGUGGAGUACGUCUUCCUCAUCAUCUUCACUGUGGAGACCUUCCUGAAGAUCCUUGCCUAUGGCCUAGUGAUGCAUCCCAGCUCUUACAUCCGCAAUGGCUGGAACCUUCUGGACUUCGUCAUUGUCAUUGUCGGGUUGUUCAGUGUCGUCUUAGAGACACUGACUCAUAAAUCUGGAGAGCAAGCAACCACUCACCACAUGCCAGGGAAACCUGGAGGGCUAGAUGUUAAGGCUCUGAGAGCGUUCAGAGUCCUGAGGCCACUGAGACUAGUGUCUGGAGUUCCCAGUCUGCAGAUUGUUCUGAACUCCAUCAUGAAGGCGAUGGUUCCUCUGCUCCACAUUGCCCUGCUGGUUCUGUUUGUCAUCAUAAUCUAUGCCAUCAUUGGUCUAGAGCUUUUCAUUGGACGCAUGCACAAGACAUGUUACUACACAGGAACUGAUAACUAUGUAGAGGAUGAUCCGGUUCCAUGUGCCUAUGCGGGCCAUGGUCGUCAGUGCAUUAUAAACGGAACCGAAUGCCGGGGGAGGUGGGAUGGACCCAAUGGAGGCAUCACCAACUUUGACAACUUCUUCUUCGCCAUGUUGACUGUGUUUCAGUGCAUCACCAUGGAGGGAUGGACCGAUGUUCUGUACUGGAUGAAUGAUGCCAUCGGGUUUGAGCUGCCCUGGGUUUAUUUUGUCAGUCUGGUGAUUUUUGGCUCAUUCUUCGUUCUCAACCUGGUCCUGGGAGUCCUCAGCGGAGAGUUCAGUAAGGAGAGAGAGAAGGCCAAGGCUCGGGGAGAUUUCCAGAAGCUAAGAGAGAAGCAGCAGAUGGAGGAAGAUCUGUGCGGAUACAUGGACUGGAUCACUCAAGCCGAAGACAUGGACGAUCUGGACGAGGAUGGGAAUCCGCGUCCAUCUCUGGGGGAUUUGUCUGAUAAGAAGAGGACAAAGUUUGGCUGGUUUAGUCACUCCAAUGAGACCCAUGCAAGUCUUCCUGCCAGUGAAACAGCCUCUGAAAACACUGAGAACAUUGACGAGGAGCAUGCAAACUGCUGCCAGGCCUGCUGUGCUCAGAUCAUGAAGAUUAGCUGCUGUCGAAUGCUGCGACGUUGGAAUCGAGUCUGUCGCAGAAACUGUCGCACUGCAGUUAAAUCAGUGACAUUCUAUUGGCUUGUUCUACUGCUCGUCUUCCUUAACACAUCUCUCAGCGCCUCCGAGCACUACAACCAACCCGACUGGCUGACGCAAGUCCAAGACAUUGCCAACAAAGUGCUGCUGUCUCUGUUCACCGUGGAGAUGCUAUUGAAGAUGUACAGUCUGGGGCUGGCUCAUUACUUUGUAGCCUUUUUCAACCGCUUUGACUGUUUCGUGGUGUGUGGCGGCAUCGUGGAGACCAUCCUGGUGGAACUUGACAUCAUGCCUCCUCUGGGGAUCUCAGUGCUGCGCUGUGUCCGCCUGCUGCGUAUCUUCAAAGUCACACGACACUGGACAGCUCUGUCUAAUCUGGUGGCCUCCCUGCUGAACUCCAUGAAAUCCAUCGCCUCCCUGCUGCUCCUCCUCUUCCUCUUUCUCAUCAUCUUUGCUCUCCUUGGCAUGCAGCUGUUUGGAGGAAAGUUCAAUUUCGAUGAAACCCAGACUAAACGCAGCACCUUUGACUCCUUCCCUCAAGCACUUCUCACCUGCUUUCAGAUCCUGACAGGUGAGGACUGGAACGUGGUCAUGUACGAUGGCAUCAUGGCUUAUGGAGGACCAGUAUUUCCAGGGAUGAUUGUUUGUGUUUACUUUGUCAUCCUCUUCAUCUGUGGUAACUACAUCCUGCUGAAUGUCUUCUUAGCUAUUGCUGUUGACAACUUGGCUGGAGGUGAUGGAGACAAGAAGAAAGAUAAAAAGCAAGAAGGAGCUGAGGAAGAGCCUGAGGAGGAAGAAGAAGUGAAGGUGGACAUUGAUGAAGACACUGAGUAUGAGGAGGAUGAGGAGAUUCCUGAAGGAGAUGACGAUGGAGGAGUCCAGCUGAAGAUGGCUGAUCUUGCUCCUCCUAAAGAGAAGGUUCUUCCAAUCCCAGAAGGCAGCGCAUUCUUUUUCCUCAGCAAAACAAACCCCAUCCGUGUGGCCUGUCAUUAUCUGAUCCACCACCACAUCUUCACCAACCUUAUCCUCGUCUUUAUAAUACUCAGCAGCUGCUCGCUGGCAGCAGAGGAUCCAAUUAGAGCUCACUCCUUCAGGAACAACAUUCUGGGUUAUGCCGACUACGCCUUCACGUCCAUCUUCACAGUGGAGAUCCUGUUAAAGAUGACAGUCCAUGGAGCCUUCCUCCACCAGGGCUCCUUCUGCAGGAACUGGUUUAACCUGCUGGAUCUACUGGUCGUCAGCGUCUCACUUGUUUCCUUCUUCCUGCACUCCAGUGCCAUCUCAGUGGUGAAAAUCCUCCGAGUGCUCCGUGUACUCCGACCUCUGAGGGCCAUUAACAGAGCCAAAGGCCUCAAACACGUGGUCCAGUGUGUGUUUGUGGCCAUCAGAACCAUCGGAAACAUCAUGAUCGUCACCACUCUGCUGCAGUUUAUGUUCGCCUGUAUUGGAGUUCAGCUGUUCAAGGGUAAAUUCUAUCGUUGUACAGAUGAAGCCAAACACACUCCUGAACAGUGCAAAGGCACCUUUGUUGUGUAUAAAGAUGGAGAUGUGACUCAUCCAAUGGUGCGAGAGAGGAUCUGGCAGAACAGCGACUUUAACUUUGAUAAUGUGCUGAUGGGGAUGAUGGCGCUCUUCACUGUCUCUACUUUUGAGGGUUGGCCAGCGCUGCUGUACAAAGCCAUCGAUGCCAACGGAGAAAACUCCGGUCCCAUCUACAACUACCAGGUGGAAAUUUCCAUCUUCUUCAUCGUGUACAUAAUCAUCAUUGCCUUCUUUAUGAUGAACAUCUUCGUGGGUUUUGUCAUCAUCACCUUCAGAGAGCAGGGAGAGCAGGAGUACAAGAACUGUGAGCUGGACAAGAACCAGCGCCAGUGUGUUGAGUACGCUCUAAAGGCCCAGCCGCUGAAGCUUUACAUUCCAAAAAAUCCGAUCCAGUAUAAGUUCUGGUCCAUCAUCAACUCCACAGGGUUUGAAUAUGUCAUGUUCGUCCUGAUUCUACUGAACACUGUUACUCUGGCCAUCCAGCACUACGAACAGUCCAAAAGCUUUAGCUCCAUCAUGGACAUCCUCAACAUGGUGUUUACUGGACUCUUCACUGUGGAGAUGCUGCUGAAACUGCUGGCUCUUAGACUCCGGCAUUACUUUGUUGAUGCCUGGAACUCAUUUGAUGCUUUGAUCGUGGUCGGCAGUGUGGUCGAUAUCGUUGUCACAGAGUUCAGCAGUGGAGAGGACAGCUCUCGUGUGUCCAUCACCUUCUUCCGUCUCUUUAGAGUCAUGCGAUUGGUCAAGCUGUUGAGUAAAGGGGAGGGGAUUCGUACGCUGCUGUGGACCUUCAUCAAAUCACUGCAGGCUCUGCCGUACGUUGCUUUGCUCAUUGCCAUGAUCUUCUUCAUCUACGCCGUCAUCGGCAUGCAGACGUUUGGGAAGAUAGCAAUGCAGGAUCACACUCAGAUCAACAGAAACAACAACUUCCAAACAUUUCCUCAGGCGGUUCUCCUCCUCUUCAGGUGUGCUACAGGUGAGGCGUGGCAGGAGAUCAUGUUGGCCAGUCUUCCAGGCAAACGUUGUGACCCAGAGUCAGACUACGAACCAGGAGAAGAGUUUAGCUGUGGCAGCAACUUUGCCAUAGUUUACUUCAUCAGUUUCUUCAUGCUCUGUGCUUUCCUGAUUAUCAAUCUGUUUGUUGCUGUUAUCAUGGACAAUUUUGACUAUCUGACACGUGAUUGGUCGAUUCUGGGGCCACAUCAUCUGGAUGAGUUUAAGAGGAUCUGGUCUGAAUAUGACCCGGAGGCCAAGGGUCGUAUUAAACAUCUGGAUGUCGUAGCUCUGCUCAGAAGGAUUCAGCCUCCUCUUGGAUUUGGGAAGCUCUGUCCUCACCGAGUGGCCUGUAAGCGUCUGGUAGCGAUGAACAUGCCUCUAAACUCUGAUGGGAUGGUGACCUUUAAUGCCACACUCUUUGCUCUGGUUCGCACUGCUCUCAAGAUCAAGACUGAAGGAAACCCUGAGCAGGAGAAUGAGGAGCUGAGGGUGAUCAUCAAGAAGAUCUGGAAAAGAAUGAAACCAAAACUCCUGGAUGAGGUUAUACCGCCACACGAAGAGGAGAAGGUGACAGUUGGGAAAUUUUAUGCGACCUUCCUGAUCCAAGAUUACUUCAGGAAAUUCAGGAAGAGGAAAGAGAGAGGAGGUCUGAAAGGAGAGCCCGACUCCACCAACCCCUCUGCCGUCCAGCUCUGUAAAGCUGGCCUGAAGACUUUGCAGGACCUGGGUCCAGAGAUGCGACUUGCUCUGAAUGAGGACCUGGAAGAAGAGGAGGAGGCAAUGGUGGAGGAUGAAGAGCUGCUGGAGGAUGAAAACGGGUUUGGACCUGACACAGAGCAACGAGGAUCGUUACUGACACCUACUGGUCCUGGUGGUGGUGACAGUGUGUCUAAUGGAGGUCUGGUUCACCGGAUCGGUUCUUUCACCAAGAUGCAGAAUGGCAGCCAACAUGAGGAGCAUCUUUGUCGUGGAGACAGCAUGAGGUCAUCUAUCAACUACCAUCAGCGCCACCCAUCAGUGAAGAAUGGUGCUCUGGACCACGGCCAGAAGAGGCCGUCAUACCACCGUCGUGGAAGGAGGGACUCAAGGGACAGAUACUGGGGGAAUGAGGACAUGGAGGUUUCUGGGGAGCAGGGUUACUACAGCAGAGAGGAGGAUGAUGACAGCAUCACCUCCAGAAACAGACAUUACCCUGAUGAAGCUCCUCUGUACAGAGAUUACUAUGAUGGUCAUGGGGGCUACGCUGAGGGCAGGAGGACCACACGGAGGCGUCUGCUUCCUGCCACCCCCACAGGUAGGAAGCCGUCCUUUAACAUCCAGUGCCUGAGGAGACAGGGCAGCAGCGACGACCUGCCGAUCCCAGGCACGUAUCACCCGACGCUGCCGCUGCGCCGUGGACAUGCACAGGCGUUCAGCAGUUACGAGUCUCAUCGUUCCUCCAGUCGUUCCUCCACGGCUUCCUCAGCUUCCUGGGCCAACCCUUGUCCCCGCCGUGGACGGCUCCUCUAUGCCCCUCUCAUUCUGGUGGAGGAGGAAGGCAGCCCCCCCUGGGGGAGAGGUCCUGAGGGGGAAGGCAAAAAGGGAGGAGCCGGAAGAGGUAAGAAGCCAGGUGUCACUGUGACUGCCGCCGCCCCUCGACCAGCCUGGUACGGAAGCCCAGCAGGGACGCCGGGGGCGCCUCCUCCGUACAGGGCCUACACCACCCUCAGGGUUCCGUCCCAGCUGGGAGCCCAGCUCAGCGAGAAGCGGGGAUCGGCCGAUAGUCUAGUGGAGGCGGUUCUAAUCUCUGAGGGUCUGGGUCUAUAUGCCCGGGAUCCGAAGUUUGUAGCGUUUGCCAAGAGGGAGAUCGCUGAUGCUUGUCACAUGACGGUGGAUGAGAUGGAGUCAGCCGCCAGCGACCUGCUGGGCUCAGGAAGCCAUGCUUUUCUGGGCACCAUCGCCGCCGACCCGUCUGCACUCUACAGCGACGAGGAGCCAAUGAAGACGGGCCGCGACGAGGAGGAGCUGGCGGACGAGAUGACCUGUGUGACGUCAUUCUGACACAAACAACGGGACCAGGACAAAGCCAGGACAACGUAGACCUGCUGUGGGCCACGUGACGUGUUCCCACUAUGCAUCACACUGUGUCUAAGUUUACAGUAGCUUUUAAGUGUAAGCUAAAGCAUCUCUGCUGGGGUCGGACUCUCCAGUGUCUGUCCUUCACUUUGAUUUUCAUUUCAUUUCAAAGGCGUAUCUUUGUUGUUUUGGUUACAGUUUUGUUUCCAAUUCCAACAGUUUGUAAUUACAGUGUAAUUUAAACAAGAUGAUAUCCAUCCAUCCAUCCAUCCAUCCAUCCAUCCAUCCAUCCAUCCAUCCAUCCAUCCAUCCAUCCAUCCAUCCAUCCAUCCAUCCAUGCUCUAUCCAUCCAUGAGCCUAUCCCAGCUAUCAAUGGGCGAGAGGCAGGGUACACCCUGGACAGAUCGCCAGUCCAUCACAGGGCCCAAGAUGAUAGUUUAAAGUACAUUAUCUGUUUCUAAUCGCUUUAGAGUUUUUAUACCACACCUUCUUGUGUCUUUUAUUGUUGGGUUUGUUCUUCUGUCACAUUGUAUGUUCUUUGAUUGUCGUACAUUGAGCUGUUGUCUGCGAUCAGACGACAAACUGUGAAACGGUUGAGUUUCAUUUUUUAAUGAUGUUUUUAUUAAUUCACAGUUAAAUUGCUAAUGUUACUUUUUGUUUUUUUAUUGUCUUUGAUUUUAGUUUAGUUCUUUCAUUUUAUAUUUCUCUACAGUUAAGGGCUUUUUACUGCAACCAGGAUUUCACCCAAAGGUUCUCAAACCUCAAAUAAACUAAAGCAAGAUGG